AUGAGCUCAAACUCUUCAAUAGGAAGUGAUCUAGACUCAAAUUUAAGUAAUGUAACCACAUCCUUACAAUCAUUACCAUUACCAAAAAAUGAACAUUCAAACUCAAACACGAAUGAUAGACUAACAACUGCACAAACCGUACCCAUUUCAAGACAACGAACAAACAUAUCGAACAUUUCCGCUGCAAGAACAGUCACUAGAACAGUCACUAACAUUUGGAAAGCUGUACAGGAUGAUAAUUUACAAACUUCCCAAACUGAAAAUGAUUUAAAUCAUAUAUUAGUAUCUAAAUUCGACAUUGGUGAUGCAUUAAGGUUAGAACAUAAUGGAGAAGGGGAAGAGGGAGAAGAUGCAGUACAUUCGUUCCAAUCUACUGCUACUUCUUUGAAAGAUUUAGAAUCUCGUAUUCACACUCCUCGUCCUCAUCAUGAUGAUAAUAAUACUUCUUCUAAGGCUAAUAUAGCGGAAAUGAUACAGAGGCGGAAAUCUGAAGGUCAAGAACAAGAACAAGAACAAGAACAAGAACAGGAGCAAGGAACGGAAGAAGAAAGUGAAGAAGGGGAGACGAUAAAGAGAGUAUUUACGAAUAAAGAAAGUGGUAACGUCGAUUUACCACCAGAUGGUGGCUACGGUUGGGUAGUGGUAGUGGCAGUUACUGUAAUUUUCUUAAAUAGUUGGGGUUGUAAUUCUGCAUUCGGUAUAUUUUUAAGUUUUUAUUUAUCGAACGGGACAUAUGCUGGUGCUUCGAAAUAUGACUAUGCUUUAGUUACUGGUCUCAGUGUCUUCAUCGGUCAAGGGUUUUGUCCCUUUGUUAUGGUUAUCGCUAAAGUAAUUGGGAAUAAACCAACUAUGAUCAUUGGUAAUUUAUGUAUGUUAGCAGGGUUUCUUUUAGCAAGUUUUGCUACUAAAUUAUGGCAAUUAUAUUGUACACAAGGUGUAUUGAUUGGGUUUGGGAUAUCGUUGAUGUUUACUCCAGCAACGACUGUUUUACCUGGUUGGUUUUUAAAGAAAAGAGGUGUAUCUCAAGGUAUCUCCUUGAUGGGUACUGGUAUGGGAGGUGUCAUUUAUAGUUUAGCUUCUAAUAAAAUGAUUCAUGACCGUGGAGAUACACAUUGGUGUCUUAGGAUGUUAGCGAUUACAUGUGUCACGUCAAGUUUUAUUGCCAUUGCACUAAUUAAAGAACAUAACCCUAUUAAACCGCUAGGUCUCAAAUCGUGGGCUCCGAUUAAAAAUACGUUUUCUAUGAUAUUAUCAAUUAAGAUCGUUACAAGGAAACCAUUUGUCCCCCUGAUUGCAAUUUGGUUCACAUUUGCAUUAUUUGGUUAUAACUUAAUGAUUUUCACAUUAGCUGCAUAUGCUGUUGCAAAGGGAUUAACACAACAUGAUGGGACUACAUUAACUGCAGUUUUGAAUGGCUGCCAAUGUAUUGGUCGACCAGUAAUGGGGCUUCUCGGUGAUAGAUUUGGUAGAUGUAAUGUUACUGUGACUUUAACAUUUUUAUUAUGUGUAUACAUGUUUGCAUUUUGGAUUCCAGCUCAUACAUUUCUUCAAUUACUGUUUUUUUCUAUCAUGGUUGGAUCAUGUGUUGGUGUAGCCAAUGUUAUGAAUACAGUUUUGAUUGCAGAUAUGUGUGGACCGACAGAUUUUUUAGCUGGUUGGGGGUUUGUUAAUUAUUCAGGUGCACCUGUUUUAUUAGUAGUGGAAGUUAUUGCUCAAGCAUUAGUGGAUACUAAAAAUAUUAAUAAUCCAUAUUUACAUACACAAAUCUUUUCAGGAUGUUGUUUUACUACUGCAUUAAUAUUAAUAUUGUUUUUAAGGGAAUAUGCUGUUCGAUUGAAAUUAAGAGAACGUCAAAUUGCAAAUGAUGCUAAAUUAAAAGAUCAUUUUUCAUCUGGUACAGGUUUAUCAAGUGAAAAAGAUGAUGAUGAAGAAGAAGGAGGAGAAGGAAACACAGGAGUUGGGUAUGACCAGAUAAGCGAAAGAAUGAAUGAUAAAGUGGAAACUAUAAAACACAAUGCUUACGACGAAGAUGAUGAUAAUGAUGCUGCUUCUCAAUUGUUACAAGAAAGGAGAGCUAAAUAUGAUUUAUUGUUGGGGCCUGGAAUAAAACAAUAUUUUAUGAGGAUGACAUAUCCUAUGAAAAUUUAA